UUUUAUUGUCUUGCUUGACUUCGCUCAACAAGCACACUGGAAACUGCAAUCUAUCGCAAGUUUUAAUUAUUUAAUUGUGCUUUGGCCAAUGUUGGUCCUUUGUCAUAUUUGUAGUUGUCCUUUUUAAAGGAUACCCUUUAGGAGUACCCCGAUUGGACCUUGUGCAUCUCGUCAUCGCCGUUGUGUUGCUACGGCACAUUAACACACAACAGGACAGUUACACACAACAGCGGCAUGUUCAACCCACACAUUCAUCACCAGCAACAGCAGCAACAGCAACAGCAGCAGCAACAGUUUCACCAACACCUGCGGCAGAUCCAGCAACUUUUCCAGCAACAGCCUCCACCUCCGCCUCCGCAGCCUCCCCCACAACACCAUGUUGCGCAUCACCACCACCACCAGGCUCAGCGGGCCAUGCAAUCCCAGAAUGCCCCUUCGCCCAGGAUGGUCAACAUGUGCCAGGCUACACAGACCACAAUCAUCGCACCCAACCCCAUGUUGCAGGGUGCUCUGCUGAUGCAACAAUUGCAAGGUAACAUGCGAGGCUUUGGGAUGGGCGGUCAGCAAUUCCGGCAGUUCUUCUCGGCCGGGGCCAGGUCCUCUCUGCUGGGGCCCGUUCCCAUGGGCAUGACCAUGAAGUCCCCCCUCAUGGGAUACCCCGCAGCACGCCACUUUCACCCGCACCAGCGCUUCUACAACAACAACAACGCAAACACCUCCACCAGCAUGGACUAUCGGCAGCAAGACAGGAAGAGGGACAACGAGCAGAGGGCGGCAGCGAGCGCCAACGGCCAAUCAGUAGCCAGCAUUACAGCAGACAUCAGCGAUAAGGCGGAGCCAGGUGGACCAGCAGCAGCAGAAGGGGAAGCCGGUCAAAGCACGACGUCAGUGGUGGACCUUACAGACGAGCCGGCCGUGAAGAAGCCGAGGACCGAAGGGUCAGAGGAGCCAAACACCAUCGCUUUGGAGAGUGACAACUCAGCAGAGGAUGGCGACUGCUCCAUUGUGGAAGAGAUUUGUUCCGAGGUCCUCGAAGGAACCGAAGAGGCCGGAGACGCAGAGCUAAGUGACGAGUGUCUGGCGGACGACUCCGUACUGGAGGAUGCGCCAGAGGACAUGGAAGCCUCCGCACACGACAGCCAGGAGGACACCCUGGAGGGGACCAACAAGUUCUACUGCUACCUCUGCAGCAUUACCUGCCACAGCCAGCAGAACUUCCGCAGUCACAUGAACGGCCUCUCCCACCAGCAGAGGAUGAUGGAGAUCCAGCACAUGAGUAACGCCUGUCUGGUGACGCUGCUCCCGCGCGUGCAGGACUCUCUUCAGGCGGCCCACAAAGACGGUAAGAAAAGAGCCGAGCCUCUGCACUGGUGUCCGAGCUGUGGACUUCAUCUGACGUGUGGAGCCACUGACCACCGCUGCAACAAGGAACACCAGCAACUUGGCAGCCUGGCUGGACCGACCUGCACGGUCUGCAGGAAGACCUUCAAGACCCCCCAGCUGUUUGUGGAACACAUGCGGUCCCAGCAGCACAAACACCGUGUGGAGGAGGAGAAGCAGGGUUUCGGGUCCUUGGACCACAAAGAUGGCUGCGAAGUGGAAGGGGAGGAGAGGGACGCGACCCAUGGCUGCUAUCAACUGGAUGACCUGUCGUCCCAGACAGAGGUGACCUUGGAGAAAAUGAGUACGGAUGAGGCGUUCAAGACUGAUACGGUGUAUGGCUCUCGUUUCCUAGUACCAGUGGCCGGCUUCCUCUGUCGCCUCUGCAACAAAUUCUACCACUUUGAAUCCUCUGCAUUACACUCCCACUGCAAGUCUCUCACACACUUUGAGCAACUCAAGAAGUACAAAGCCUUGAAGAGCAGCCAGCAGGACGGGCCCCCCACACCCAGCAGUUCUGAGGACCGUCUCCGGCGCCAGACUGAACCCGAGUGCUUGGAGGGUACCGCUAACCCCGCUGCCUCCAGCGACCUGGGUGUGCCGGAACCAACAGCUGAACCCCAGGAGAGUCGACCGGCCGUUGCCCCCCAGGAGAGUCGACCGGCCGUUGCCCCCCAGGAGAGUCGACCGGCCGUUGCCCCCCAUGCCUCCGUGUCAGAGGACCCCCCUAUGCUUACCGACGAGGACGAGGAGAAGCUGCUGUCCCAGGAUCCAUCGGAGCUGCCUGGCGCAACCGAGCCUGGGCCGGACUGUAACCAGGCGAAACCGGCUGGUGAUUCAUUGGCCGAGGAGGCGCCUGCAGAUGCCCCGUUGGCUGUUGAGGCACCGGCUGAAAAGCCAUUGGUUGAGGCGGCGGCGGCGGCUGGCACACUAUUCGCUGAGGACACACAAGCUGACCCGCAGUUGGCCGAGUUUGCGCCAGAUGAUGCCCCAUUGGCUGAGGAAGCUCCUGCUGACGCGCUAUUGGCUGAGGAGAAGCCGGCUGAUGCGCCAUUGGUGGAGGUUGCGCCGGCGGAGCCGCUAUUGUCUGAGGAGGCAACAGCUGAAGAAGAAGAAGAAGAAGCAGCAGCAGCAGCAGCGGAGGAGGAUAAGGAAACACCAGGGAAGAAGACAAGCACAGGAAAGGCGAAAGCUGCCCCCAAGAGAAGGUCAAGGAGACGCUAGAAGAGUCUAACCUUGAGAUGAGAAACUCAACAAAUUACUACCUUGGAACUGUUUGAUAUUUUUCCUUUUUGUUAUCUUCUUUUGUUUGUUUCAUAUGGAUUGCUGUUCUGGAUAUCCCGUUUUUAUGGAACUGAGCGUCACGACAUUUGGUGGGACGUGGAUUGUCACCCACAAAGAUAUAGAUUUUCUAACAGGCAUUCAGCAGGAGUGUGGCUUGAGCUUGUGGGAAAGUAGGAAAUUAACAUUCAACACAUGAGGUUUAGAAUUCAUUGGUAAACCAGUUUACAGACCAGUUUGGCCACAGACUAGAAAUGCAGACCGGGCCCAAAGUAGCAUAUGAGGCAGCUUGCAGUGACUUUGUUGUACUUCUUGUUACAAAAUAAUUUGAGAAAACCUUACUCUCGUAUUGGGUCUAUAUCUGACGAUGAAACCAGCUCUAAAUGUUAAGACUUUUGAUUUGAAGGCUUACCGUGAAUAAGAAGGAGCCUGUAAUGUGUGUGGUUACCAGAGCUGGUUUAGUAAGUGUGACAAUUGGUGAACAAAGUGGGAAUAAAAAAAGAUUAAAUAUAAUUACAAAAAAAAAAAUUGGUUACAAAAUGACACCUUAUUAGAUAAAUUAUGUUUUAGACUAGUCUGAUCUACCUGUAUAUAUGGCUGAAUAAGAUGUUGUAUUCAUUUGUUUUUGAUCUGACACAUGUUUUAAGAAAAGAGGUAGCUUAGGCAUAGUUUAUUCAAAAGUUAAAGAAGAACAGUGAAAAAUGGAUUGCAGGUAGAUUAUGUUUGAACAGUUGAUCCAAAGUUUAUCUCAAGAAAGCAAAUUCUGACCAAUGAUGUGAAAAGGUUUCACCUCGGAAGAUGGUUGUAGUUGAACAACAUACUAUAGCAGUGUUUCCCCCAGUACUGUGUUAUUAAGGCGGCCGCCUUAACCACAAUAGGGCCUCGCCUUUUUUUUUAAUAAAUAUUUUUUAAUUAUUAUGCAUCAACAAAGUAGAAAACUCUCGUAGAGGGAGGAAACAUACUUCCAUCAGGUGUAAAAAAUAAAGAUCAAUAAUGCAUCAGUAAUACUGUUACAACAAUGGUCGUGCCCCCCCCCCCCACCUUGACCACCUUGACUUAAGACAUUUUCUGGGGGAAAAGCUGUAUAGUAUACACUCAAAGAAAUCAUAAUUAUUGAUUACAUAGCCAUGGCGUUUACCGUAUAAGCUUUCCAUGAAGCACAAUUUUAUUAUUUUGGUUUAUGAAUCGUAGAAUGUAACUUCUCUAUGGAACCACAUCAUCCUUUUAGUCACACUUUGAGGAACCUUUGAGUGUUUGUUUGAGUAUUAAACUAAACUACGGUUAAAUUGAGUCUUAUCCUAGCUACCCAUCCUUUUGUUAAGGAAAGUUGUCCAAGAUGCUUAAGUUUGUUGUUGACAUUUGUAUGUAUAAUCAUUGAGGCGUUCUUUAAGUGUGUUCAAUUGUGCAACGCAUUCUCAGCUGCUGUUGCCCUUCCAUCAAAUGUGUGUGACUGCAUCAAUUCAGAUAAGCUUACUUGUUCCAUCCGAAUCCAAAUUGAUUUUGUUCUUUUUAAUAAUUAAUUUCAGAAAAAAUACAAAAUGGCUUUUAUCUUGACCAUUAAAAGGACUUCUUAAUGUCUUUCAGUGUAUAUGAAACCUA